AUGCUCUCAGGCUAUCCCCUUUAUUUUCGACAUCGUCUGACGUUGCCUCUCAUUCGCUCCGUCACCACCAUUAAUCGCCCAGGGCCACCACCGCUACCUAAGGAUCAGCAGCGCGAAUUUGAAGAACUCCAGCGCAGGGCACAAGCACCACGCUCAUCCUCUGUUGACACCCUCCCAAACACCCACCCUGAUGCUCCCACACCAAUCAAACCAGAAUUCAAGGGCGACGUAAACCCCCUCACAGGGGAAAAAGGCGGGCCCAAGCGUGAGCCCGUCAAGCGUGGAGAUUGGAGUUAUAAGGGAAGGGUAACCGACUUCUAG